GAGGCAGUUGUUGGGAAAUGUUUGUUCUUUUGUUCUCACCAUGCCAUUGACUCAUUCCUAGAGGUGCGACGAGGCCAUCAUUACAAGCAAGCAAGGGAUGAUGUGGUCGGCUGACACAAUGCUACUGGCCACUGCGCAAACGAGCGGGAACAAGAAAUUUGCCACAAUCCUGGUAUCUAGCAAGCCAAUCUUGAGUUAUUAGUGUGAUUUGAUUCGAUCGAAGAUUCACCAUGAAGUUUCCUUCCAUGACACUAUUAUUGGUGGGAGCUCUAGCCGCCUCCAUUUCAGAAGAAGUGGAAGGGUUCACUGCUACGAACCCAGUCAGCUUGUCCAGUGUCUACAAGAGUCAACAGGCAAGAUUCCAUCAGCUCCAGUCCACUGCUACCAGGGAUGAUCAGAAGAUCAAUAAUGGACAAGGCAAUACUGAAUCUGAAGAAGACAGGGUGGACAUGAACAUUUACAAUCUGCCGCUGGAACAAGCUAUUCAAGAAUGGACCGCCAAUCUAGUCACCGAAUCAGCCAUGGUAGCCGAAGGGAUCUACCUCGGUGCAAAGAGUAGUCGAGAUGUAUUUGUGGACACGGAACGAAUCAUUGGUAUUAAACGCCGUCAAGGACAAGGCUUGGGAAUCGAAUUGUUGGAAAUUGCCGGCGGGAGAGAAGAUGGAUUGGGUAUCACCAUUGUGGAAGGGCUGGUUCCAGGAGGUGCCAGUGAAGGACGAGGCCUCUUACCGGGAGAUUGCAUCUCCAAAAUUGCCGUCCAUCGAACAGGACAACCCGACGAAAUUGCCAGUGUCGCCACUGAAUGCCUAGGGUGGGAUGCUACCGUCGAAGCCAUUGGGAGUUUGCCAGCCAUUGAAACACCCAAUGAAUAUUUGAUCCUAACCAUCAAGCGACUACGACGCAAACCCAAGGUCACGGUCAACUUUCAAUAUCCUCCCGAUCAAGGAGAAGAAGACACGACAAUCGAACUAUUCGCUGGGGAAAACUUGAGGCGAGCCAUGCUGGUGAAAGGAAUCAAACUCAACGAUCCACUAUCGAAACGAUUUGACAGUGGCGGUUCCGGUGACUGUGGUGCCGAGGGAACAUGUGCUACUUGUAGUGUCAGUGUGAUGGAAGGCAUGGAUCUGCUCAAUGAACCAGGGCUAACUGAAAAGCAAAUGCUGGAGAACAAACCACGAUGGAGAAUGGCUUGUCGCGCUAUCGUUGGAUACGGCAUGAAAGAGGGGAAGAUGACUGUGCGUGUGAAUCCUCGGCAGUGGAACUAGUCUAACGGUGCAAUAUUUAAGACAAUCAAACAACAUCGAAACCUUUUGAUAUAAAUGUACUAAGUAGCCAGAGCGAUUGCCAGGACAAACUGCCAAGAACAGCCGUACUAGCUAGAAAACCCAAUGCCUAUACCGGCACACAGUAUAAGUCUGGCAAAACCCAGCGGUAUCUCUAGCUAGCGGCAGUCAGAGAGCGCGGUAGGAAGUACUACUCGUAUAGCACUG